UGAUGGCAGCUGUUAGAUAUCGUACUGUUGUGACUGAUUGUUUAACUCAGUCCAUAUUAUUUUAUUUAUUUAAACAAAAAUUGUCUUAUGUUGAUCUCCUGCAGUCUGCUUGGGUGUUGGAAGACCAGCUUAUCUUCUGUCUCACUGUCUCUUUGGACAAGCUGCCAGUCAGUACACGUAAAGCCAAGAUUGUAGUCACUGUGUGGAAGCAGAUGGAGGAAAAUGCAGAAUUAAGGGAGCUUGGCUACCUGACUCUGCUGCAGUUUAGGAGUCCAACAUGCACCUUCAGACAAGAUCUUAGCACCUUCAAGGCACAAGUCAGCACUACUCUGGAUGUUCUUCCACCUCCCAGCGUCCAGUGUCGACAGAUGACUGUUUCUGGAAAACAUCUGACCGUCCUCAAGGUGAUGAACUGCAGCUCACAGGACAGAAUGUGUGUCAAAGAUGUGAAGAUUCUUCCAAACUAUAACUCGUCUUACCUUCCCAUGAUGCCUGAUGGCUCAGUGCUCGUAGUCGACAAUGUCUGCCACCAGUCAGCGGAGAUCACCAUGGCUUCAUUCUGUCGGAUAGACAACAAAUCAUCACAUUUACCUUGUAUGCUUAGUGCCCUGGAGGAGCAGACCUUCAUUUUUCAGCUGCAGCUACAAGAGAAAGAAGAACAGCAAUCCAGCAAGGGUUUGGAAGUCCCAUUGUUGGCUGUCCUACAGUGGCACAGUCCAGUACAUCCUGCCAUGAGAUGCAUCUCUACUUGUUACUCGAUACCCAGCGUUCACUUAAAUCGUCCAGAGUUGGUGAUGAUGGCGUCCUGCCCAAGGACCAUCAGGCCUCAACAACACUUCUUGGUGAAAUAUACGCUGCUCAACAAUUUGCAAGAUUUCCUUGCUGUUCGUCUGAUCUGGAAUUCAGAGGGAGGAAGUGAGCAGGAUCCCAGUGUGGGAGCGGUUGUGUGCCAGUCUCCGCUCAACAACCUGGGCCAGUGUAAGAAAGGUUCCAUGCUGUCCUUCACUGUGGCCUUCCAGAUUCUCAAAACUGGGAUUUUUGAGCUGAGCCAGCAUAUGAAGUUUACAGCUUCUGUGCCCGCACCGCCCACGGAGCCUCAGUCACCUUUGAAAAACACCUUCGAAGGACGAAGCCUGAGCCGGUUAAAGAGCUUCCCCCACCACCAGCCAUUUUGGUCAGGCGCUAUGGCAGAGCUCCAGACAACAACCUCUCCUGCAGGAACUGUUAAUCGAGCCCCUCACCUGCCCCCCGACCCCAGCUUUGUUUCACUGGUAAAAAUAGCCAAGAGAGAGUGUAAGGUGCUAGUGCUGGAAUAAAUCAAAGAUGUACACAAAAGGUGAUCUGGACUGUGGGAGCUUAUGACAAAAGCAUCACUGUUCUGCGGCUGUGCUUCAACACAGAGCAGCCGUCAGAUCUUUGUCUUCAUGAAGAAGAAGCAGCAGUCCUACUAUAAUAAAUGGUAAAGAUGGAGUCAGUGAAUGAGGAAUGAAAGAUGAGUCAGAGGACUGGUGCUGAUGAGAUUCUGAUGUGAGCUCAGGUCAGUGGAGGGAUACUUCUGUUUGUUACGCUUCUCCCUGAUGACAAAUUCCCUCCAUCACAUCAACAUUUUUAUUUCCUUUAAAGACCUUUUAAAAAUGUUUGUUUUUGCUAAACCUGUUUAACUGUGUAUAACUGUUCAUACACGUCUCUGUUUAUGCUUGAAUCUGUUGGUUUCACUCGAGUUUCCUUUUAGCAUCAUUGAGUCAGGCUCAAUAGCACAAAGUAAGCUCCAGUAUGUUCAUGUCUCAAAAUGUGGACGUGAUAACAGAACUUUUUACUUUUUACGUUUUUGUAAAGAAAUGUUUUUUGUUUUGUUUUGCAUCCUGUGCUGUCAACAGACCAUAAUGUCAUCACAUUUCAAUUAAUUUAACUUAAUCUUAUUACAGUAUCCAUGUGACCUUUAUAUGUAACAAUAAAUAUGUAAUUACUCAUUCUAUUUAACAUGUCAAAGGUUUACAGCUGGUUCUUGGCUUCUUGCCUCAAACUUAAAGGAUUUAUGUCUUAAACUAUUCUUAUGUCAGCCUCUAUGGUUUGCACAGAGACUGAUGGGCUAAAAGUUUUGUUUUAUAAUAGGAUCCAAUCAGAGUGUGUCGAGCCCUUGCAGUAGUCACUUACUUACUUUCAGUUUAUCUUUUGAUUUAACUUCUAGCAGCACUGUCUAAUAUUUCAGACCUUCCUGCUGUGAUAUUUGCCCCCUCCUUCAUUUCCUUCUUGUUUUUGAUUUAUUAGACUUGCAUGUUCCAGAUCAUAAAAAGACGAGGAUAACCAGAGUAAAUAUCCCAGCAGCUGAGCUGGCGGGCAGCGCACUCAACUUUGUGAACGUGGACCAAAAAUGGGCCCGAUACAGCUUAGAAACAGCUGCUUGAUUUUUUUUUUACAUAAAAAACAUUAACAAUUAUAAAAUCUGCACUUUAGUUGUGAAUAUAAUUUUUGCUAACACUGAUUUUAUUGCACUAUCAUAAAACUGCUUUUCCUGUGCAGUAGAAAACGAGUGAUACUGUAGGAGGCUGACAGUUUAAAGAGGACGUACAGUGGGAUGCAAACGUUUGUGCAACCUUGUUAAUAGUCAUUAUUUUCCUGUAUAAAUCGUUGGUUGUUACAAUAAUUAUUGCACA